CAAGUAGCGUUUUUAUACCGUGGUUCAAAUUCCUUCAGCAACGUAAAAGCGCGCUCCCAAUUUAGGGUUCAUAUCUUUCCCAAAACGUCUUCGCCAAUACUCCCAAUCAAAACGACCAAAUUUUUUGCGCAGUCCCUCUUUCUCUCUCUCACUCACACUAACACUCACACACACACGAAGAAACUCUAAUGGCAGACCACGACGAAGACUACGCUCGCUAUCUCCAAAACGUUGAUCAACUUGCCCCGUUACAAGUCGAUUCCGGUGCCGAAUCCGAAGAAGAAGAAGAUUAUGAUGAUGAAGAAGAAGAAGAAGAAGAAGAAGAGGAGGAGGAAGAGGAAGAAGAUGAGCAAUGCAAGCGGAGGAGAAUCGAAGGAGGAGGAGAAGCUUGUUCGUCGAACGGACUGGGAAGCGUCGAAGGCUCGCAAGAUAAUGAGUGGAAUCGGAGUGAAAUCGACGGUCUCUUUUGCUCUAUUUGUAUGGAAGCUUGGACCACCGACGGUAACCAUUAUAUCUGUUGUCUUCCUUGUGGGCACAUAUAUGGCAUGUCAUGCAUCAAAAGAUGGCUACAACAACGAAGAAAUGCUGGGAAGUGUCCUCAAUGCAAUAGGGCAUGCACACUGAAGGAUGUAAGGAAGCUUUUUGCAUCACGGGUUGUUGCAGUUGACGAAGAAUCACAAAAGAGGAUUCGGUCACUUGAGGCUAAAUGUGCAUCUCUUGAGAAGAAGGAUGCUAAUUGGUGGAAGAAGGAAUCUGAAUGGAAGAAAAGAGAAGAUGACUUGCGUCGGAAAGUAAGCCAGUUGACAAAGAGGACAACUGAUUUGGAGCAUUUAUUAGGAGAUGUGCAGAGCAGAGAAUCUAGAUUAGCAAAUGCCUCUAGAUUAGCAAAUGCUGGUGGGCACUAUCAAGGAAGUCCUGUAUUUGGCAACAACUUUGGCUCGACUUUUUGCGGACAAGCAUCUUCUUGCAGUUUCAUAUUACAGAAGGAAUUCCAGGUAGAUGGAGCGCGUUUAGUCGAUGUGGAUGCUUCUAGCCAAAUUUUGUUAAUCGUGCGAAGAGUGUCUGGGAUAGAUGCAACACCUGUACUUACCAAAAUAAGCUUGAUACCUCCACAUGAAAAACAAGAUAUCAUACUUCCUUCUUAUAUGAAAGUUAUUCGGGACCUACGUAUUUGUCCUUCUAAUGGUAGCCUUGCACUUUUUGCUUCACUAGGGAAACUAUCAGUUCUCAGUCUGGAAAGCAACAAUAUCAUCCUUUCCUAUAAUUUACCGGCUGCUGCAUGGUCAUGUUCAUGGGAUCUCAAUAGCUCGCAUUACAUAUAUGCUGGACUGCAGAAUGGCUCACUUUUGGUGUUUGAUAUGCGCCAAACUGAUGGGCCAGUUAUUUCCCUGAAUGGCCGGUCACACCAUCCUGUUCAUACUGUACACUCACUUUUACAUAGUUCAACUCUUACUUCCGGUGUUAGAUCUGUCCUUUCUGCUUCGUCAAUUGGCUUGUCUCGGUGGAACUUUGAUGGUUCUGAAAAGGGGCCAUUUUUGGUUCCUGAAUCGGUUAAUCAAGGAGUUUGUAUAUCCCUUUCUUAUUCUCCUAGCAGUGAUGACAUUGUUGCUUCAUAUCGUCCCAAAGUUGAGAUGCAGAAUGAGAUGGCUAUUUCUCAACCUUCAAUAAUGCAUUCCCAAGUUAUUGGGCAAGGAGUUCAGGGCUCCCAUGUUCAUUACAAGGAAGUGGGGAGCAACUGUUUUCAAAAGUUGGGUUCUGCAUGUGCCAAUGUGAAUGAGAGUCGAAUACCAAUAAGAUCUGCAAUCUUAGACAUAGAAAAUCAAGGCCGGAUGUUUGCAUCUGGGGAUGAAGUUACGCGCAAAUUGAUCUUGCAAGAGUUGCCAUCUUUUACAGUUCUGCAACAUCUUAAUACACAAAAGCGUCCUAUUCGAGAUAUGAAGUACACACAUGCCAUCAGCCAAGGUUUACUUAGUUGUUUAAGUGAGGAUACACUGCAUCUUUUCGGUACCAAACUCUCAUGAAAAAGGCUCCUAACUUGUCAAGAGGUGAUCGACUGACAUUUUUGGCUUAUACUAAUGGAGUAAUUUAGGUCGAUCGCAAUCCAAAUUUACAAUAGGAUUUUGUAAGGUUCACUUACUUCAAAAUUGUAUUCUUGCACAUAUUUAUUAAUAGUAAGAUUCAGACGAAAUUUUUAGGUAGCUUCUUAAGUAAUGAGCUGCAUUGUAUAGUUACUUGUUAUAUAAUAUUUGUAGGUUAAAUUUACUAA